AUGAAAGAAAUAUUUGCAACGAUCCUGCUAGUUUCAAAACUCCAUCAUUGGCGUUGGAGAUCCGAAGUUGACAAAAAGAAAGGGGCACCAAGAAAAGUUCGCAAAAAAAGUCCGUUGGAGUUGACUUUGAAUAAGAAAAAGAAGAAGAAUGAGACGCCUUCAAUUAAUAGAGGAAAAGGACUUACAAAAGAGCUAAUCAAGCAAACAAAUGAGCCAAAGAUGUUGGCAUUGGAGACUGGAGUUGAAUUUGAGGUGCAAAAUCAAUCUUCUAUGGAGUUAAAUUCUCAAGGUAAUAAUGUGAUUCAAUAUUGCAACCAGUAUUCACCAUAUCAAAUGGGGGAUGGGAGCUGGAGAAAGAUUUCAUUUUACUUCAAUCUGUCUUAUGAAAUUAAAGACAAGACCAUCGAGUACGAUGACAACCGCAAUGUUCAGUGUGCUGAGUUCAUUGUUCGUGCAUACAUGCAGUAUGUUACCUUUAUUUCUCCUCCAACAUUGGGUAUUUUUCAUAAGUUGAGUGAGCUUUCAUUUAAAGAAUGUCCUUGCUUACACUAUAAUUCUGUUAUCUUCCCUGUUUCUAUUGUUGAUAGGGGUGGAAGGUUUUCAGAUGGAUGGGGUUCAUGUGAACAACGAGAGAAGAAGUUUCAGAAACCCAAUCACGAUAUUCCAAGCACAGCUGAAAAACACAACCAAUUAUUCUAUAAUAAUCAUCAUAUAGCAACAAAAUAUGUUAAAUCUCAACAU